AUGUCAUUUUGUACGUUUCUGGCCCGAAUCGCAGUUUUCUUUUUGAACUUGGCACAACUUCUCGUCGCCUUAACCGUUAUCGCCCUGACUCUUUGGAUUCGAUUCGAUAAAAGUUUCGAGUCAGAAAUCCGAACGAACAUUCUCCGGGAUACUGACCCAGAACCAUUGGCUGGAGUGAAGUCGGAUAUCAGAACUGGAAUUCUUGUUGCUUUCUGGAUCAUUAUUGGGUUUUCCAUUGCCAAUGUUGUUAUUGGAUUUGUUGGAGUUAUUGGAGCAGUUAUCAGAAGUAGAUAUCUCUUGGCACCAUAUCUUCUCUCCAUGAUCAUCCUUUUCCUUUUGGAAAUCGCAGUGGGAAUUACGGCACUAGUGAAGAGAAAAUCCGUGAGAAGGACGGUUAAGGAAUACGUUUUUGACGCCUACAACAUGAAUGCUCAACCGGAUAUUGCUGCUUUUAACUUCAGAUACAACUGCUGUGGAGCUGAAAACCUUCCCAACGUGGAAUGCUUCGCCGGUCAGCCGACAUGCUCUUCUGCCGUCUGGGAUAGCCUUGAUUUUACUAUGAUGAUUUUUGGAAUCGUUAUGCUUUGUAUUGUUGUUCUUCAAGCGUUCACAGCCCUCAUUACUGUGCCGAUUAUUAUUGAGAGAAAGAGAGAGGUGGACUAUCAGUAA